AUGUCGCACCCCCUCCACCCCUCGUCGGCGCGGUCCGACAUGGACGAGAUCGAGACCCUGGCCCGCGCCUCGCCCUCCCAGCAGGUCGCCAUCGUCCCCGCGGCGCGGCCCUCCUCCCCGCCCCGCGCCUCCAUCCCCGUCUCCUCCUCCGCGCCACCCGCCGCCGCCGCCAAGCUCCCGUUCUCCGCCACGGUGCCGCCGUUCUCCGCCCCCGCCUCGGGCACCAUUGCUGUCUCCGUCCCUAUCUCCUCCGACGGGUUCGGCGGCCCCGAGCCCGCCAGCGCCAACACGCUCACCGAGCCCGUCUGGGACACCGUCAAGCGCGACCUCAACCGCGUCGUCAGCAACCUCAAGCUCGUCGUCUUCCCCAACCCGUUCCGCGAGGACUCGGGCAAGGCGCUGCGCGACUGGGACCUCUGGGGACCCUUCUUCUUCAUCGUUUCUCUCGGACUCAUCCUCUCCUGGUCGGCCACCACCGAGAAGUCUCAAGUGUUUGCAGUUGCCUUUGCUGUAUUAGCUGCUGGUGCUAUAGUCCUCACGCUCAAUGUUCUACUGCUGGGUGGGCACAUCAUCUUCUUCCAAAGCCUGAGCCUUCUUGGAUACUGCCUGUUCCCUCUGGAUGUCGGUGCUCUGAUAUGCAUGCUGAAAGACAGUGUCAUGCUAAAGAUAGUUGUGGUGACGGUAACACUGGCAUGGAGCUCCUGGGCAGCAUAUCCGUUCAUGAGCGCUGCUGUAAACCCGCGGAGGAAGGCCCUGGCGCUGUAUCCUGUGUUCCUCAUGUAUAUCUCAGUUGGGUGCCUCAUAAUUGCGGUAGAUUAAGGUGGGGAACUG